GUAUGUGGAAGCGCUGUUUCGAAGGGAAGAGCAGUAUGGACGUUUACGAACAAUACAAGAUAGAGCGCGGUUAGAUGUGGAGGGGAUAGGUAUCUAUAGUUAGAGAGUAGAUGAGAAGAGUGGGGGAAAGUAGAGUGCGUGCGCGCUCGAGUUGAACGCGGUUGUCAGUGUCAAUUGGUUCGCCGCGGCGACUUAAGGUGUCGUCGACGUGUAACCCGACGUUGUACUCGAAAGUUUUUCCUCGCAUUCCGUCAUAGUUGGAAACAAUACGUUUGUCAUUCGUAUCAUCCCACGUUUAUUCUUGUGUGUUUACCAUUUUUGCUGCAAAAGCAAACGACAAAGCGUUAUUACAACGGUGGUUCGGAAGAUCGGAAUCGAUCAGAAACAGGAACUUCGAUUUUAACUCGUUCUCAAUUUUUUGUUCGUCUGUCUGCCCGUCAACGACGACGGGCAGCCACAUUUCAUCGAUCGAGCAAACAAGUUCUUUUUUUUUUGGUGAUCCCGCUGAAAUAUCGUAAAAGCAGCGCGUCUAUUGGUGACGAUCCACACAGUGCGUACGAUCGGUCGAACGUGAGAUCACGAAUCACGAGAAACUUCAUAAGCUCACUUUUUGUCAUUUCUGUUCUGUACAUUGGUACGUUAUUGUCGAUUAAAAACGUCACGUGUGGUGCCGGACAACGAGAAUAUAUGCGAGAGUACUCAAAAACGCAUCGUAUCCCUGCACGCUAAGUGGACGGAAGAACGCUCAGAUCGGAUACAUGUUAGCGUGCUUUGAUAUCAGUGAACAUCAGUGAGACGUGCUGUGUCACUGCGCCCCGACGACACACGAAGAGGCUCUUACAAGAUUGUGGCUCCCUGGAGAUCGGCGAGGAACGCCAACGUCGGGUCGCUAUGAUGGAGUCCCUGUGCCAGGUGAGCGGCACCAAGAACAUUGGCGGCAACGGAGGCAACGACAACAACGCGAACACCAAUGGCAACAAUAACAACAAUCCGAAUUGUCCAGAUCCCCAGCAGAGGCUGGCGGUACUCAGUUUCGAUCAAGUUAAACGAUUGAACGAUGUCAUGAACGAAGUGGUAUGCAUCCACGGACGUGGAAAUUUUCCCACUUUGGAGGUCAGAUUGAGAGAUCUGGUCAAUGUGGUCCGUAGUAAAUUGGAAUCUGAUCCGAGUAAUGGUGGUGCCGGAAUGAGGGUACGUGAUAUAAGAUUGAACGGUGGUGCCGCUUCUCAUGUUUUGGCCACUGAAUCACAACCGUACAAUGAUCUGGAUCUGAUCUUUGCCGUGGAGCUUUCGAGCGGACGAAAUUAUGACAAGGUGAAGGCCGCAGUACUCGGCUCGCUGUUCGACCUGCUACCAGAAGGUGUCAGUCGUAAACGUAUCACUACUUGUAGCCUGAAAGAGGCUUACGUGAGCAAAAUGGUGAAAGUGAAUAACGAAGGUGACCGGUGGUCCCUAAUCUCCCUCGGGAAUUCACGAGGUCACAGGAAUGUCGAGCUGAAAUUUGUUGAUUCGAUGAGGCGACAGUUUGAGUUUUCGGUCGAUUCGUUCCAGAUUGUGCUCGAUUCGCUCCUCUUGUUCUACGAAUGCAGCAAACUACCUAUUGGCGAAAAUUUCUAUCCGACGGUAGUAGGUGAAUCAGUAUAUGGUGACUUCCAAGAAGCGUUAUAUCAUCUUCACAAGAAAUUGAUCUCGACAAGGAGUCCGGAAGAGAUUCGCGGAGGUGGUCUGCUCAAGUAUUGCAAUCUUUUGGUUAAGAUGUACAAACCCUCGCAACCCGAAUACAUAAAGACUCUCGAGCGAUACAUGUGCUCGAGAUUCUUUAUCGAUUUUCCCGAUAUUAGCCAACAACGCGCCAAACUUGAGAACUACCUGUGGAAUCACUUCGUCGGUCCUGAAGAGGAGACCCUUAAGUAUCAGUACCUGAUGUUACUCCAUAAUGUAGUGGAAGAAUCUACUGUAUGUCUCAUGGGCCACGAGAGACGACAGACUCUCGCUUUGAUCGAAAAUCUUGCCUACCAGGUAUUGUGCCAAGAGCAACAACAACGAUUGACGAAUCAUCAGCAAGCUCCACCUGGACCACCCGCCACCUAUGUAUACGCGAACGGUUAUUAUUAUGCUCCAGUGAUACCUGCGUGUUAUACAUGCACCUGCAACUCGUGGAUGGCGUGCUCGUCGUGAUGCGACAUCGACACUAACGCCAUCGUCGCCACUAGUACCGCCAUCACUACCGCUACGACAACUACCGGCACGGUCAUCGACGUCCGCGACAUCUCUGCGAUCAUUACCGAUUAUAAAACUAUCGAUGAGACUUUGCUUACCGACCACGGGGGCGAACAUCUACUACCAGGAUAUAAUCGACGAGAUUGGGAUCAUCAUGAUCCUUGUUUAUUCAAAAAUAUCGAGAAUGAUGAUGAUCGAUCAUUGAUUGUUCACGGGCCAAAGGAGUAUUGUUUAGUUCUCAGUUGACGCUUGGACAUGCAUCAAACAUCACACAUUGACCAAUUCAGAGUGUGACGUAAACGAGUAGUAUUCUCGUUGAAAUGAAAGCAACAGAAAAUGAAUUCGCCGUGAUCGAUUCGAUGAUGGAUCGUAAAGAUCA